AUGGAGAAGAAACGAAAGAUAGUGCAGUAUAGGGAGAGACUGGAUAGGACUCUUGCCUCUGAUGAUCUUACAAAUGUUGAGAUACUCAAAAAGCUUGUAAAAAGUCAACUCCUACCUUCAUCAGAGCUUGAAGAUGAAGGAUAUAAGGAGAAAUUAAUAGAUCGUAAGACUAAAGAGAUAGCUAACUUUCUUGAUAUGUUGAGGAGUGCUUCAGAUGAUCAUGGAAGGUUGAAUACAUCACAUAAUGAUUGGAAAUUAAAACAGGAUAGUGACGAGUUUCGUGUUAUGUAUCGUCAAGGACCGGAGGGAACUCCCUUUCAUACAAUGCUAGUGGAAGGUUUUGUGGAUGGACCUGUUGAUGUUUGUUUAUGUAUCUCAUGGCAAACCUCUCUUUACAAAAAAUGGUGGCCUCAAUCUACUAUCCCGACUUUCAAAAUCUUAUCCAGUGAAUGUUUACAGAAGGUCCAGAUUGGGGAACAGAUAUCACUAGUGAGGAUGAAGGUUUCGUGGCCUCUGUCUAUGAGGGAAGCUGUAGUGCACUAUUAUCUGUUUGAGUACUUUCAAGAGGACUUACUUGUUGUUCUUACGAAUUCGGUUCCUGAUUCAAAGAGUGUUGCGGAAACCCUUUGUGGUUUCAAUGAUGAAGAAAUUCCUGAAGCAAAGGAUGUCGUGAGAGUUGAUUUAGUGGGAGGGUUUGCUUUGCAAAAGUGUACAUCGGAAAGAAGUUACUUUCGGACAAUAGCAAAUAUGGAUGUAAAGGUUGAUUUUGUUCCUCCGUCUUUGAUAAACUUUAUUUCAAGGCAACUCAUUGGCAACGGUUUCAGGCUUUAUCAGAAGGUUGUGGCUUCUGUGAUGAGCCAAGAUAAAGAAGAAUUCAGCAAGGCCUUGGGGGAUCCGUUAUAUGCUAGAAUUCGGGAGGCUUUAUAUAGCACGAGUAGUGGGGAGCUUCCGCAAGUUGCAAGAAUUCACCCUGUUGAAGAUCUUGUUGAAAGUAAGAAGGGUGAAAUAAACGAUGUAUCUAAAGAGGAUAAAAGAAGUCAACAUUCAAAUAAUGUCAUGUCAUCAGCAAUGAAUGCAGGGGUACUAGAAAAUAGCGAAACAUUUUGUGAGAUUGUAGAAUUAGGUAAGGAAAUGAUUGUACAAAGUGUGGAGGAUGAUAUGAAAGUAAAUGACGAAGUUGGUGCAGAUGGCAAGAGGAGUGUAUAUAUCCGCUCGGAGGUUGAACAGGCUCUACAGACAUUAGACAAGGCCAUUUCAAUAGUUAGGGAAUACCGUUUAUGUUCCCCGAUUGCCUCUUCUAGCUUUGCCAAUAAAGAGGUUUGCAUGAAAAAAUAUGGGCGAGUUGAUUCGUUUUCCAUUAAAAGUGUUAAACCUUGUGAUAAAAACGAGGUUAGUGUUGGUUCAUCUCCUUUUGAAAAUGGAGCAAUUCUGGGCCAAUCAACACGGGAUAACAAGCAAAUAAACGAUGAUUUGGUUCAAGGCAUCUCUUCAGAUGACAAAGCCAAGUCAAGAAGGAAGGAAAAAACUAACACCAUUGUAAAUCAAGGUAUGUCUUCAAAUAAACCAAAGUUGAGCAGGCAUAGAAAAUAUCUGUGCUGUAGUUUUCCGCAUUAA